AUGGAAGACUAAGCAUAAGAAAAAAUUGAAAAGGAAAGUUAGGAAAAUAAUUAAAUUCCUAAGUUACCUUGUAGAAGCCACAGAGCUCUCUAGGCAAAUUUUCUUUUAUCUAUGGGAUAUGGGGAUUUUUUUUAUGUUUGCGAAGAUUGUGUAGAAAGAUAUACAAGAAAAAAUGAAUGUAGCGUGAUGAGCCUAAAAGAUCUAUAUUAAUAAGAUAGAUCUUUUGUAAAUAAAUAAUGGCCACCUGUUAAAAAUACUAAACUAUUCGAUGACCUUAAUAAAGAAAUUAAUGAAGUGAUUAAAGAAGAUUUAAUUGAAUAAAAAUUCUAAGAAUUAUAAGAAAGAUUGAUUGAAAUUUUAAAAAUUAAAAAAAAUGAGGAAAUAUAAAAAGCUAAAAGGUUAAGCAUUUGCCAAAACGAGCUUAUAGAAACCUAUCAUAACUUUGCAUAGUUUGAAGAGCUAAAAAAUUACUUAAAUGCCUGCUCAAGAACAAGAUCAGAAUAAGAUAGAAAUAAUCUGUCCGACCAUAUUAGAGAGAGAGAAGAAGAUAUAGAUAAAAAUACAAAGCAACUUGAAGAUAUUAUAAAUUAGUAUAAGGAGAUUAAGCCAAGAUUUGAAAUAUCAAGAUUGAAUGAUUUUUGUAACAAUAUAAUAAGCAAGACUUAAAAUUUUAAUUUAAUUAUUAGCUAAAAAGAUGUUGUAAAUAAAGAAUGCAGCGAGCUUUAAUUGCUUAUUAACUAAUUGCUUAGCAAUAAGACUAAUUUCAUUACUUAGUAAUUUCUUAGCUAGUUUAAUUAAGCUUACGAAGAAGCUGAAUACAUUUUUUAAUCUACAAUCAAUAUAAAUUCAGUUUUAUAGCAAUCUAAGAAACCUAUUCCCUUUCAUUAACUCAAAGAGGAAGAUUUUCAAAUGGUUUACAAUUAUACAUAAAAACUUUUGAAACCCGAUUCAAAUAUUCUUCCUUCUUUAAAUUAAACUAAGGAAAUUAUGAAUCUAGUCUGUAAUAAAUUCAAUUUUUUAAAUAAUGAGUUUGUGAAAGAACUUCGAUCAAUUUUGGUAUCUGUUGAACCAAUAUUCAGCAAUUUGAAUGUAAAUAGUAAUCACAUAUACAAACCAGGUUUUAAUCCAAAAAAACUAAAUACUCUUUCAGAAAGAGCAGCAUCAAGUAUAUACUAAUUAUGCCAAAAAAUAGCUUCUAAUUACAGUUAUAAUCUUGUAUAAAACGAAUUGAGUUAUAGAGUUUACUAAAAUUUAUUUCCUUUAUGCUAAAACAAAGAAAAGCUAAAAAACCUCCUUUUAGAUUACCCUAUUUUUGAAUUCUUGGAGAAUAAUGAGCUAUAUGAAAAUGGUAUCAUGCCAUAAAUUUAUGGAACAUUAGAGAAGUGCAUUUACAACGAUUCUCAUAAAAUUGAAUGUAUAUAAAAGUAUUGCUAAAAAAUAGAAAUUUAGAGUUAAAGUAGAGCUUUUGCAGGUGCAUAUUUUAAAUAUGAAUUGAAAGCUGGAAAGAAAUACGUUGUAAGAUUUUAAUUUGAUGAAGCCAUUAAAAAUUUUAUUAUAAUUGGGCUUUUACCAAAAGAUACAGCACAAACAACAUAACUUGCAAACACAUUUUUAGGAAAAAUUAUUGGUAUCUCAUCAAGAAAUUAUUGCAGUGAAAUAGUAAGAGGAAAUUAAUUAAAUUUGUUAAUGAAUAAUAAAUAAAUGUUAGAAAUGAGAAUAGAUAUUUCUCAAAAUGUUUUGGAGUUUUCUGACUAUCCUGAGCAGAAUAAUGUAAAUAAGUUAGAAAAAUCGUACUCUUUGAAUCCAUAAACUGAAUAUUACUUAGGUGUUCAGUUUGGUAAUAACGAAAACAAUUUCACCUAAAUAAGCUUAAUUUACUUUAAGGAAGUGGAAGAAUUUGAACCAUACAAAAACAGUUUUCUAUAUCAGAAAUUUUAAUGA